AUAAGCAAAGGUCUUUUCUGUGUCGAUUUUUAGUCAGAGAAUAUCCAUUCGUUUUUAAAUUGACAAUCUUCAAUUUGUGGGCACAAUUAAAUGAUAAUAAUAAAAACAUUACAUUUGCAAGUUAAGAGUGUGACAAUAAUUAAUAAAAAUAUUUCAUUUACUCUUAUACAACAGUGGAAACGGCGUCUAUACGUCCGUAGAAAAUGACGUUGUUAAAAACCUUUUAAAUUGACAGCUUGAUUUGGUUUGGUUUCCGCUACUGUGCUAUUGUGCUAUUUUUUUGGUUUUUCGUUAAUAAUCUCAAGAAAAUGUCGAUAUCUACAGCUACAGAUGAACGCACAGAAGGUGAUGAUGACACUUCACAGGGGAGUCAUCCCAAAGAUGAUAGCAGUGAUUCAGAAAAUGAAAAUCAAAAUCAAAAUGGUGGAUCCAUUAGUCCCGAAGUUCACGAAAUUACUAGUGAUGAUGAAGAUUGUGUUGUGACAAAUGAUGAUGACACAUCAAAUUCAAGUACAGACUCUAAUGAAAGUUCAGAAGGUUCACAGCAAAGUAACAAAGAUAGAGACAAAGAUAAAGAUGAACAACCAAUGGAAAAUGGUGGUGAAGAGGAAUCUGACAUUGAGGAGGUUACUAUAGAGGAUCCCUUAAACCAGCCUCAUGGUAAAACAAAACCAAUAAUUAUUAGUGAAACAAAAAGUUUGGCCGACAUACCAACAAAACAAACAGAUUUGAAUGAUAGUGAACAAAACAAGGAACCUACUGUUGUAAUAAUAGAUACAAAUUCAAUUUUAUCUGGAAAAGGAGCAACUACCGUUUCAAAUAAAACUAGUUCGAGUAUAAUGGAUGCACAGAAUUUAUGUCAAAGUAUCGCUGCUCGUGGAACAACAAUAACUCCAAUCAGUUGUAAAUCAAGCACUAAUACUCGACCUAACCAAAACAAUACACCUACUUCUCAGCCAAACAUAUUGCCAUCUUUGACAGAUGAUAUGUUUGUUGUUGAAGCACCUUCAUUUAUUGUUCCUUAUGUAUAUGAAAAACCAUCUGUUAAACCAUUCAGAGAAUUUGUAGAUAAAUUAGGUAAGGAAUUAGAUGAAAUCAAGAUGAAUGAAGAGCUAGCAAAGUUGGAAAGGGAAAAAGCAGAAAAGGAAAGAAAAGAAAAGUUAAGAAAAGAGAGGAUUGAAAGAGGUGAAGAAGUUGAGGACGAAAUUGAAAGUGAUAAUGAUAUGAAAAAGAAAGAGGAUCUAGCAAAGGAGAAAAAGUUGGAGAAAAAACACAGAAGACGUAGAAAUGACGAAGAAGAUGAUUCAUGGGAUGGUGAAUCCAGUAGUGAAUCUGAAGAGGAUGGCGUGAGCGAUGAUGACACAGUGGUUAUUAAAGAUAAGGAUGAUGGUAUAGAAGAAGUGAAGGAUCCCAUAAAUAUGAUUAUAAAAGGUAUUGGUGGUAAAACUGAUAGUUAUUUUGACUGUUCAUUGGGACAGUUCUUUAUUAAUAUUGGUAUUAAUUUAGUACAAGAAUAUGUUCAAAGUGAUUUAUUGAAAACACAAAAUCGUAAAUUAUACAAGGAGAAGAAAUCGGGUCGCAGCACUAAAGCCACUGAAACUGCAAUAGCCUCCUUGACACAGAAUUUAGCUUACAGCAAAAAACUUAAUGCACCCUAUGCCCUUGAACAGAAAAAGUGUGAAUUUUGUAGUUUUAAAACGGAAUCUGUAUUAGUAAUGGCUCAUCAUUUAGAAGCACCUCAUAUGAAAAAUAAUAUUUAUAAAUGUAAUACAUGUCCAUUCGAAAUUCGAAGUCCACACGAUAUACUAUAUCACAUUGAAGCUGAACAUAAUAUAAGAGGAAGACUAGAAAGAGCACCAGCCUAUCAGCAAUGUCCUAAUUGUCAUUUUGAAGAUAAUAGCAAAACAAAGUUGGCUCGUCAUCUCAUAGCUUGUGCCAAGAAGUUUAAACCUGAAUUUAAUCUUGGACCACCUCUCGAAUGGGAGCCACCUGCUAAAAUACCAAAGUUAUCUAGAGCCCGCAACAACGUUGUUGGUCCAUACCAAACAAAUUUCAAUCGGUCACAAGUGGGUAUGACCCCGCUUGGUCGACCACCAUUAAAUAUGUCUAAUCCGGUUAUGCCAAGUAUGCCAGUUUUAGGGCGACCUAGAGGGCGGCCUCCUUUAGCAGGCCCUGCACGCGCUCCUGUGUCUGGUGUACCUAUUAUUCGCAGUGGUGUUAUGAUUAUGCACAAUAAUCCUCCUAGUGGAACCACAAUAUCUAAUUAUCCAAUUAUACAAAAUAGUCAAGGAAAUCAUUCAGCCACACCUAAGAUAUCAAUCACCCCUCUACCUCGUGCACCUCAACCUUCCUCAUCUAAUUCUACACAAAAUUCUAAAGCUACAUUUGUAAUAUGUGAGAUUUGUGAUGGUUAUAUUAAAGAUUUAGAACAGUUGAGAAAUCACAUGCAAUGGAUACACAAAGUAAAGAUUCAUCCCAAAAUGAUUUAUAAUAGACCUCCUCUAAAUUGUCAAAAGUGCCAGUUCAGGUUUUUUACUGAUCAGGGUCUGGAAAGGCAUUUGUUGGGUUCUCAUGGUCUAGUUACAAGCUCUAUGCAAGAAGCAGCUAACAAAGGUAAGGAUGCUGGGAGAUGUCCAGUUUGUGGAAGAGUUUACCAAUGGAAAUUGCUCAAUCAUGUGUCUAGAGAUCAUAAUAUGACCUUGAAGCCAGCCCAUCUUUCAUAUAAAUGUACAGUGUGCACUGCUACAUUUGGAAUGUACAAACAAUUUGAGAAUCAUGUUUACUCCGCCCACAGUGUUGUGGCUAAACGUGUUAUUGACAAAAAUAAGUCUUCUGCCCCACAGCCUAAAACUUCAGAAACUGAUCCCUUGCUCAAACCACUUAAAAUAAGUGAUGAGAUUACAAUAAUACCUCAACCCGCUAAAUCAACACUGACUAUAACAGCGAAGGGUAAAUAACAUUAAUAUUUGGAAGUGUGAAAACUGACAAAGAGCCUACCAUGUUUUACCCAAAUUGCUUAAUCAGUGAUGCACUUCCAUAAUUUUUGCAGUAUUGUGUAAAUAAAUGAGAUACAUGUUUACAAUAUCAAUCUACAAAACAAGAUGUAAUAUUAAUGACUGUUUCCAAUAUUCAAGCAAAUGAAUUUAUUUUUAAAACAAAAAAGUGUAAUUACUUUUCAAAUAAAAUGUAAAUUCAGUGUAUAAAACAACAGAAAACCAUGCCACUUUGUAUUUCUUCUUCUGGACGUUAUAGAAUCACUUCCCUUCACUUGUAUGAAUGUGAUUUGUGUGCUGUGGUUUCUUUGUCACAAAUAAAUUUCUAAAAAUUUGAGAUCUGUAACUUUGCUGUAUAGUUAGUGAAAGAUUUGAAUGCGCAAGUUAGACAUUAGUUUCAAGUAAUCAUUGAUAAGUAAUUUAUUUGCAACAUGUUGUAUAACCUGUGACAACUAUAGAUUAUUGUCUGCCUAUUUUAUUUAAUAUGUAAUACAUACUAUUACCUAAAUUCGUUUAAUAAAAGUGUAUUAUAUUAUAACUUAGGUAGACAUUAAUGAUAAAUGUAAAUCAAUUAUGAUGUAUGAUGUAAGGUGUUAGUUAAGAUUGUAUUGUAGUUUUAAAUUAUAAAUGCAUAAGAAUGUAAAUGCCUGAUCCUUUGACUCCCUACCGAAAUGCUUGCAUUUUGGAUACAAACUUCUAAAACACAUCGGUCUUAUUUAAUUCUGAUCUCAGGUUAGACUGGAGUGUUGAUUUGGUAAAAGUUUACUAAAUUGUUAACGUACUUAUAGAACUGAAAUGAUGUAUUUUUUUUAUUUAAUAAAAAAGACCAUUGUAA